CAACUCUGUAAUUUCGCAUCAGGCCCAACUAUAUUGAAGGAUUUCUUUCAAUGCGUUAAACCCUAAUUGCAAAACCCUUCUGCAUUCUCCUCUGAAUCCUCCAAAUUCAAAAAUGGUUCGGAGCUUGAAGAAUCCCAAAAAGGCGAAACGCAAACAAAAGGGGUCGAAGAAAGAUGAAGGAUCAUCAUCAAAUUCGGGGCCACUGGUUCCGGCGAAAGUGUGGCAACCGGGCGUAGACGCUUUGGAGGAAGGGGAGGAGCUUCAGUGCGACCUGUCUGCUUACAAUUCUUAUCACGGUUUUCACAUUGGAUGGCCUUGUUUGAGUUUUGAUAUUCUGCGCGAUUCUUUGGGCCUGGUGCGCACUGAGUUUCCACACACCAUCUAUUCUAUCGCUGGAACACAGGCAGAGAAGUCCUCCUGGAACUACAUUGGGAUAUUUAAGAUUUUAAACAUUUCUGGGAAGAGGCGUGACUUAGUGCCUACUAAAUCAAAUAAUGAAGAUACGGACAUGGAGAGUGAUAGUAGUGAUAGUGAUGAGGAUGAUGAAGAGGAAGGUGGUGGAACCAAGACCCCAGUUUUGCAGGUGAGUAAGGUUAGUCAUGAAGGGGGUGUAAACCGGAUUCGUGCUAUGGCACAACAUCCUCAUAUAUGUGCUUCAUGGGCAGACACUGGCCUCGUUCAGGUGUGGGACUUCAGCUCUCAUUUACAUGCUCUGGGAGAAGCCGACACUGCAACUAAUAAUGGAGGAUCGAAUGUGUUCAAUCAAGUUCCUCUAGUUAAGUUUGCUGGACACAAGGAUGAAGGAUAUGCCAUUGACUGGAGUCCUGUUGUUCCCGGAAGGCUUGUGUCAGGGGACUGCAAGAACAAUAUUCAUCUUUGGGAACCAGCAUCAGAGUCAACAUGGAAUGUCGACUCUACUCCCUUUGUCGGUCACACUGCCAGUGUCGAAGAUUUACAGUGGAGUCCCACAGAACCAUAUGUCUUUGCCUCAUGCUCGGUCGAUGGAACUGUUGCAAUUUGGGACACUCGUGCUGGAAAGUCUCCUGCAAUUUCUAUCAAAGCACACAAAGCUGAUGUGAAUGUUAUCACGUGGAACAGCCUGGCGAGCUGUAUGCUAGCAUCAGGUAGUGAUGAUGGGACGUUUUCCAUCCGAGAUCUUAGAUUACUCAAGGAAGGGGACUCUGUAGUUGCACAUUUUGAGUACCAUAAGCAUCCUAUUACAUCCAUUGAAUGGAGUCCGCACGAGGCCUCCACCUUGGCUGUGUCUUCAGCAGACAAUCAGUUAACAAUAUGGGACCUUUCCCUCGAGAGAGAUGAAGAAGAGGAGGCUGAGUUCAGAGCCAAGACGAAAGAACAAGUAAAUGCCCCUAAUGACUUGCCACCACAGCUUCUAUUUGUUCACCAGGGUCAGAAGGACUUGAAAGAACUUCAUUGGCAUCCCCAGAUACCAGGAAUGCUCAUAUCCACCGCAGCAGAUGGCUUCAACAUCUUGAUGCCUUCGAACAUCGAAACCCCACUUCCUGCUGAUAACGCUUGAGAUCUCUCAGCAGAGCGCGAUUUUGCCAAACAUCCGGUAAUGGAGUUCCAUGUAAAGAAUGAAUUUUUCAAUUUAUUGCCUUGUUGUAGUCAAUUGGAUUUCUCUGUUGUGUUGAUUUCUGUAUUGAAUGUGCAAUUAUGGGAUGGAGGUUGAGAUUUGUGUUGAAUUUUGUAGGAGUAUGAGUUUGUAGUUGAAUUAAACUGGAAAAUAAAUUAUGUGGCGAAAAAGUUGGAAAAUCAUCUUUUAGCAA